GUCUGAUCCUGUCGCCUGUCCUGGUCGUCGCGAGCGGUGCCCUUCGCUCGCUCAGCCCGUCCGUCCUACGCCCUCCCAGGUGAUGUCGAGUCGUAGCAGACGCUGCACCCGGCAGCUAUAACUCCCCCCGUCGAGAAUGCCGCGGCCAUGGACAGGAAGGCGCUCCUUGUCCCGUGCGGCCUCGUUCUGGGAUCCAGCUACCUGGCCACGAGCAUCCCCACCUCCUUCGCCCUCGACCGCCCGCUGCACACCAUCGCCGCCGUCCUGCUGCUCUCGGGGCUCGCAACAGUCGCCUACGAGACGCGCGCCGCAAAGACACGCCGCCCGCACCACCAGCACGACCGCUAUGUCGCGAUUCCGCUCCAGGACGGCAACGGCCGGCCCUCAUCCGAGGAGGAGUGGUCGUCCGAGGAGCGCAGCCCGCAGCAUCGCGGCCUCGGCCAGCGCGCGCUCGCCGUCAUGCUAGCCGCGCUGCUGUGCCUGCUGGGCGCCCGCAUCGCCCUCUUCCACGCCGUCCUCCAGGAUGUCGAAUGCGCGGGCCCGCAGCUCACGGCGUUCCUGCCGCUUGUCCUCGCCCUCUUCCACGCCUAUCGCACGCCCAAGGACCGCCCGCUGCCCGCCUGGAGCGCUGAGUCAUCGUCUGCAACACACCUCGACCGCUUCGUGCACUUUUUUCUCUACGGAACCACUCGCUACGUCCUUCCCUCGCUCCUGCUGGCCAUCAGCAGCUUCAUCACCACCCUCCGAACCAGCGUCUUGCGCUCGACCUACAUAUGUCCCGCAUCCACCUCCGCCGCUUCGCUUGUUCCCAAACUACAGUUUCUUGGAUUCUUAGUAGACUGCGUCUUGGUACUGCUUCUUUACCGCUUGGUAGACGAGGGGCUCUCCCAAUCUGAAACCAACUGCCCCGAGCCCAAGGAUGGCACCACCGUCCACGGCCUCAUCGGCUUCACUUUCAUCGCUUCUGCUAUAGUUCUCGGCAUAGCGGGCAUCGUUGUCUACACUGCAUUGCCCGAACACCGCGAAUGGCUGUUUUCAGCCCCUCGCGAAUACCUACUUGGUCUUCUUCGUUUGUCUUUGAUGAUACCCCUUACGAUGUUAUGUUUCCUUGUCUCAGCUCGGAUGUACGGUGUUAUGGGUGCUGUGCUCAUCGCAGCAUUUUCUUGUGCAUUUAUCGGCGUUCUACGUGCCCUUGCCAUGGGCGUUUCUUAUUCCUUUCCUCCAAAGUCCACAGCUGGUGUCAGCCUCUGCCUCACUCUCCUCACAAUUGCGCUGGUACUCCAGCUUGUUGCAGACGCUAUCGACUCAGGCCAAAGUCGGCCAAAGAUACCGGUCCGUCUGGGACGAAAUCAGACUGUCUCGGUAGUAGCACUCCUGGUCAUCUUCUCCAUCGGCGUUGGUGUAUACCGUUACCAAGCGCCCGUCAUGGGGCAUCCCAUUGACACCUUGCUUGCGGCCGCCGACGAGCAACACCAACGGUGGGCAUUUCAGGCACACCAAAGCAAAUCGUUGGCACAAGCAGUUGUUCGCUACCAAGAGCGCUAUGCCCGAGAUCCGCCCCCACACUUCGACAAAUGGUACGAGUUCGCAACAAACCGGGACACCAUUGUUAUUGACGAUUUCGACAACAUCGAAGAGGAUCUGAUCCCGUUUUCCUCCCUCAAACCGGCAGAGCUGCGAAGACGUACUGCCGAAAUCCUUGCACACAAUGAAGAUCUAGGUGGCAUCCGGAUAAGAGAUGGAAAAGCUGAGGUUUUCGGCAGUUCCCGUGCGGAGCAGAAAUGGGUGUUAGAUGGGAUGGCUCGCAUGAUUGGCAAAUUUGUCGAAUUCGUUCCGGAUAUGGAUCUUGCUUUCAACCUGAAUGACGAACCUCGCGUUGCCGUGCCCUACGAACAGUUUCAAGCGGCUCGUAUGCAUCAUCUGCACUACCCCGAACAUACCGCUGCCGAUGGAACCAUCGACUUCCGUCUCGAUCGCGCAUCGACCUGGACAGAAAUUGCUGGAGCACCACGAGUGUUCGAUCAAGCUGGAAGGAAGCCGUCAUUCCAGACUUACGGCUCUGUCGCCUGCUCUCCAGAAUCGCGCGCACGAAAAGAACGGCGCUGGGAUACUGGUGCUUUUUGCUCUGCCUGCUCUGCUCCGCACUCAAUGGGAGCUUUCGUUGCGAAUUGGAGUCUGUCAGCCAGUCCUUGCCACCAGCCAGAUCUCGCCAAUCUCCAUGGAUUUCACCUGAGCCCCUUGGGUCUUUCUGGAACUCACGACUUGGUCCCAAUAUUCAGCCAAAGCCGGGCCCCAGGGUACGCCGAUAUUCGUUAUCCUUCGCCUUGGAACUACUUGGACAGACAAAAGUACGAGUUUGGAGAAAACUUCCCAGAUCCCAACUUUGCGAAAAAGGAAAACGUCUUAUUCUGGCGCGGGGAGGCAACAGAAGGGAUCAGUAUAGCUGGAUCUUGGAAAGGCAUGCUACAACAGCGCUUUGUUCAUCUGGUGAACAACGAGACAUCUCGACAACCCAUCUUCCUACCGACGGGAAGCAAGAAUGGCAGACUAGAGUACGCAAUGGAAUACCCCGAGGAGAUUAAGGAGCGACUCGAAACUAAGCUUGAUGCACGCUUCGUUGGUGAUCUCGCCCGGUGCGAGGGUCAAGAUUGCGUUGAUCAGAAGCUCGAGCUCUGGCUGGGUAAGGAUGUCGAUUUCAAGGACCAUUGGCGCUACCGCUACCUUUUCGACACCGACGGCGCAGGUUCUUCAGGGCGCUUCCUUCCUUUCCUCCAGUCCAACAGUGUUGUCUUCAAGACGGCGCUUUUCCGCGAAUGGUACGAAGGUCGUGUCAUUGCUUGGAAACACUUUGUCCCUGUCGAUUCCCGCCUUCACGAUCUAUUUUCCUCCCUUGCAUACUUUGGUGGCUACAGCUUGAAAGAUAAAGGCAAGCGCACCAUGGAACCGAAAGACAAGCAGGCGGAGGCAAUAGCAAGAAAUGGAAAAGUCUGGACGGAGAAGGUGUUGAGAAAGGAAGAUAUGGAGAUAUACAUGUUCAGGUUGUUGCUGGAAUGGGGUCGGCUGACGGACGACCGGAGAAAAGACGUUGGCUUUCGUAUGGACACCAAAGGGCGCAAAGGAAAGGAUGGAAAAGGCGCUACUUAGCGACACCUUAUGUAGGCAUGAUCUGGACACUGGACCACAAAAUUCUCAUCUUGUUUAUAUCUCCUCAUUAUCAGUUAUCAGCUCGAAGCCAU